AUGUCAUCGCCGCCGCCGCCGCCGCGGCGUUGCGGCGACGAGUGGGUCUAUCUGUCCGUCCCGACGGGUCCGGGGAGCAACAAGCACCUCAGGUUAGGAGGCGGCGGUGGGGAUGGCGGUGGCGGUGACGAUGGCGGAGCGGUCGAGGAUGAUGGGUUUCGCCUCCACGACGAGGUCCUCGUGCUCGUGUUCGCGGCAUGUUCGCUGGAUACCGACGACCUCGUCCGGUGCGCCGCCACCUGCAGGCGGUGGCGACGCCUCAUCGCCCGCGACGCGGAGUACAUCUGCCGCCCCAAGCCGCGCUCCGGCAUCUUCGUCCGAGACCUCGCCGUCGGCUUCUUCCACCAGAGCCACCAGGACGACUCGGCUUCCUCGUCCCGGCCGCCUCGGUUCGUCCCGUUGCCCUCCUUCUCCUUCAGGUUCCGCGACGGCGAACUCGACGGGGUGUUCGACGACAACACCCGCCUCUUCAAGAACUCCCGCCUCAUCGCGUCACGGAACGGCCGCCUCGUCCUCGAGCUCCGCCGCUCCUCGCGCGCCGCCGCCCUCAGGCUCGUCGUGUGCAACCCCAUGGCCGGGGACAUGUCCAUCCUCCCCAUCCUCGCCGGGAAGGACAGGCCUGGGUACUACACAUGCGCGCUGCUCACCGCCGACGAUCUCCAGGACGCGGCAGAUCCGCUCCAGCCGAGUCCCGCCGCCUUCCGCCUGGUGCUCCUCUACAAGCGCCGCAACUUCACGGCGUGCAGGUCCUACUCGUCGGACACCAAGGCCUGGGGCACCGAGGGAAAGAUAUCCGGCAUCAAGAUCGGCGGCAAGCGCCUGGGCGACAUGGCCGCCGGUGUGGCCGUCCGCGGCCGCGUGUUCUGGCUGGCAAGGAAUGCGGUGUUCGGCGUCGACAUGGGCACCCUGGAGGCGACCUCCGAGACCAUCCCAUCGGAGUGGAAGUGGAACUGCAAGCUCUGCUUCUGCCUCGGCAGCCAGGUGGAGAACCGCCGGCUCACCGUCUCGGCGGACGGGCGUCUCUGCGCCGUCCAGGUUGGGCGAAGCCUGACGAACCACGACGUGAUGAUCAGCGUCUUCUCCCGCUACCACUGCGACGACGGGUGCACGGCGCGGAAGUGGAGGUGGGAGAAGGUGCAGGAGGUGGUGCUGAACCACCUGCUGCCGCUGACGAACGUGAAGAGGAUUUGCCUGAGGGGCGUCUGCGAGAAGAGCGGGCUCGUCUUCCUGGCGACCGGCGCCGACGUGUACGCGCAGCAGCCGGACGCGGGGCUGUACGCGCUGGACCUGCGGAAGGAGGCGGCGAGGCUGGUGCCGGCGCCUCCGGGCCGCUGCUCUGACCGCCGCUCGUCGUGGAGCUUCUUCGGCUACGAGAUGGACCGUGUGGCCUACCUCACCUCCCUCGCCCGCAGCUAGUGCUGCUCCUGUCACACCGAUACUGCUAAGCUCAUGGAACAUGCAUCAAUCUCCACACUCCAAAGUGAGGUAAGGAGAUGAAUUUUGCUGUGAUAUUAAGUUACUGCUGCAAACAUUGCUGUAGCUCGUCUGGAGAAAAUCAGGCAUUACAAAACAAAACAUAUAUAGCUGCAUACACACCAUAUACUGUUACAGUUUAUAAUUUAAUCCGUUUGGAUAGUUUGAAGCUAUAAACAUUCUAAUUACUUGAGUUAUCAA